AUGAAAGGUCUGGGGUAUCCUUCACCUCCCGUCAGACUCUACACAUAUCCGGAGUCAGGUGAAGAAAACGGCCUCCCUGAUCAGAUCGAACUCACUAGGCAUACUAAACAAGUGCCUGAAGGGUUUGAGAGCGAUUGGGAUAGAGCACUGACAUUGCUGGAUAGCUUUGGUUCUGAGAGGGGCUGGGAUUCCCGGAAUGAGUCUCAUCAGGAGGCUCUCUUGAAGGCAAUUGCAGCAGAAAUGGUUGGUUCAAAGCCUACAGAGCUUCUCUUCAAUCAACGAGACGGAACAAUCACCACGAGAUCCGUUUCGGACCGGAGCGAGGCUCUUUAUGAAUGGCCGAAACACAGGCCAGGAACUCCCGGUCUCGUCUCGGUGAGGCUAUCCACGGUGGGCAGAUUGACGUUCGCCCAAGUCUUCGAUUCGUACUUGAAGGGAAAAAAACUGCGCAUCGAUGACCUCAGCGUACAGGAUUCGCAAGACUCCCUGCGGCGUACCGUUUCCAUCAAGAUCAAACCUAUGCAGACCCAAGGAGAAGGUGAAGCGACAAUGACUGCUGGUCAUGCGGAGGAUUUGAACGCCUUUGCCGGACUCUUGAGCUAUGCCCCUGACGACAGUCGCGUGCACAGCGGGCUGCGUCUGGCCACGGAGACCGCAAGCAUCGACGUGGCGGCUUGUCUGAGAUUCAAGCGAGAUCGAGUUCUGCACACGGAAAAUGAUGAACUCAUACCGACAACGUUAGAACGUGUUGUGCCCUUUUUGCAACUGGUCUUGACAACAGAUCCUAACGAAGAAGUGAUGGAGAUCCUCAAUCAAUCAGGCGGCUCUCAAGAAUAA